GGGGCUGGGGCGGUUGUCAUGGUGACGGCUGUUGGUCAGCCUGAGGCCUACAGCAGGUAAGAGGAGAAGGGAACAACUGCAAUCAUGUCAAAGAAGAAGAAAGGACGUGGAGAAGGCAAGAGCAAGGCAGUAGGAAUGGAGUUGGAAGUUCUGACAGCAGCUGCUGAACGGAUUGUCACACUGCAAAAUGAGUACGAUGAAAUGGUUAAAGAGUUGAAACAACUGAAAUUGAAGAUUUAUGACCUGCGAAAGGAGAAUGAGUUCCUCGAAAAGGAGGCACAGCAGACACGCCUGGAGACUCAUGAAUACAUCGUCCAGAUGUCAAAAAGGACUGAGAAAAGGCAAAAUCAGAUCAUUACACUGAAUGAUCAGAAUCACCAGAACUUGGAAGAAAUCAGAAAUGCAAAGGAGAGAAUACUGGCUGAAUUUGAGGUACAAAAACAAGAACUGGAAAUGGAACAAGUAGAGAAAGAAAAUGAGCUGCUUCAGCUGAAGAAGGAGAUUGAGGAUCUGGGAGAAUAUAAAGAACUGCGGGAGCAACAGCUGGCAAGAAUCAGUGAACUUGACAAUCUGGUGAUGGAUGCUCGGGCUAAACAUUCUCAGUGUGUGCAUGAUCUCAAACUCAACUUCAACAAGGAGAAGGCUGAGUAUAAACAGAAUGCCAGGAGGAUGGUGAAACAGCUGGAGAAGGAUGCAAACAAGGAGGCCGUCUGCUGUCUGAUUGAGCAUAUGGAAUCUAUCAAGGUGGAGAACCAACAGCUGAGGGAAGUGCUGGUGUGUUUGAUCAGACGCUCCCGAGUUCUCCAUGAGCAGCAGGAGGAACUGGAGGCCCAGCACAAACAGCUGCUCCAGGAGAGAGACUACUGCACCAAGCUGAGGACACUGCGGUAUAGGAAGCAACUCAGUGAGUAUGUGGAGCCAAAGGUCAAGGAGGAGUCAGAGACCAAAGAGCAGCCAAAGGUAGAGGUGGAACCAGAAACCAAGGAGCAGCCAAAGGUCAAGGGGGAACCAGAAACUAAGGAGCUGCCAUUGGUCAAGAUGGUGUCUGAAACUGAGGAGUCAUCAGAGACCAAGGAUUCAUCAGAAACUAAGGAAGAGCUGACACUUGAGGAUCAAGAUGAUGAGGAUUUAGACAGUGAUGAGCUAGAAGAUGGGUAGUUAGACAAGCUGGAAGAGGCUGAGUUGGAGAACAUAGGAAGUGCCAGAACAAAGAAGCUUGAAAUAGGAAAAUUGUACUCCUUUAACCAGCUGCCUUUCCAGUGUAAAUAUGAGAAACCCUCCUUGAUCCAAGGAAGUUGUUAGUCCUAAUUAGACAUUUUCCAAUAUUUUUUCCUUUUCAAAAUUCUGCAACUUAAUUUUUGUCUCCAUCAAUGAAUAUUAAACUGAUGUAUAGUACUGCAUUGAGGAGGAGUAUUUUCUUGAAAUUUUUGAGGGCUAGCUGCGUUGCUAUGGGUUUGAAGUUAUAAUAAAGCAAACUGCAUCUUGAGUAAGAAGCUUGCUAGGCUACGUAAUUGGUAUGAAGAACUGGUCCAGGUCAUAAAUCACAAAAUCAUUCUGCGCAGUUACCCAUGUUCUCCUGCUGGGGUAUAUACCACUGGUACAUUACUCAUCCAGUGUUGCCAUCACCACCAUUGCACUAUUGCACUCAAAAAUAAACUGUAUACUGUUAUAGUGACUUCAAGGGAUGAAGUUAGACAAAUCCAAGAUCAUCAUCAUCUGUAAAGAUCUUAAUUCAUCUACCUAGAGAGAUUGUAACAUUCUUGCAUUGUAAUGUCUAUUAUAAUCCAAAUUAUUUCAGGGUUCUCCAUUACUGCAUGCAGGAGACCAUCAUUUUCUCAAAUAAUGGAUGUCUCACAGAAAUGUUAUUGUGCAGGAAAAGGCCAUUCAGCCUGCGUCUGCAUUAGUUCUCCAAACGGCCUAAGGUGUAUGUAAUUGACUCAACCAGGCUCUCGGUGGGUGGGCCACAUCUCUCUUGCUGUCAAUGUGGCAUAGCUGGAGGAAGAUAAAUGGACUUGAAACCAGCAACUUCCUCUGAGCAUAUUUGCCAGGCAGCCUUCUAGCCACUCUGAAAGCAGUGGUAAAAUUCAGCUCUGUGAUCAAUCAAGUCUGGACAUAAUGGUAAAAAUCC